GGCGAGGUCAACCAAGAUGGCACGCCGACGAGCGCCGGAGGUUGACAUCUCCGCUGUCACAAGCCUCUUGCAAUGGAGGUCGAAGAGCAAGGUCGAUAGGCAAGCUGAUGAAUCGUCGUCUAUUGCAUUGGCGCAGCAGGUCUUGGCAAAUGAUGCCACGCUGACGGCGAUCGAAGCUACGCUGCAUGUUUCUCGCACGCGAGUGCUUCAAGCGUUGCUCGAGUACGCCGUGUUCUUGGCCACCACGAACGAAUCGUCGUCGUCGACAAGUGCUCAGUCGUUCUUGUUUCUCUCCAAGGCCAUGCUCCAGACGACGUCAUAUCAGUUGUCGCUUCAAUUGUGCACCCAGCUCCUGCAAGCCAUGAUCCGCGUACUCGCUGAACAUGCUGCUUCGUGCCUGUCGAACGCACCUUCUUUUGACGACGCGCUAGUCGACAGCAUUGCGUCCGUGUUUGUCCGACUAUUUGAAGCAACCUCCACGACAGCGUUCGUUCCUCGAUUUGGGACAUUCAAGCCACCGACCGAUGUCUUCGCCACCUUUUUUCACUCGAGUUUGACGUCGCUGCUGGCUUUGGCAUCUACCGCUCCAUCCAAAACGAUCUCGAUGUUCGGCUUGGCUAUUCUCAAGACCCACCACGCGCUCCAGACAAAUCAAACAAACAAGAAGAAGGUAUUUCUAGCGUGCAAGCAAUCCCUCGCAACGCUUGUCACCCUUCGCGCGUCCAUGGCGGCGCUCCUUCCGUACAGUGCCUCCAUGCUUCAAGAAUUGGAUGCGUCCAUCGCCGACGCAUUGUUUGAUCAAGAACACUUGCAUGGGUACGGCGGCCUCGUCGUCGCCAGGACUGCAUACCCCGCACCCCCAACGUCCACCACCGCGGAAGACGAGCCUGCCCCUGCCGCUCCUCUCAAGAAGAAGGCCAAGGGUGAUGGGCAACGACAUGGCGCAAAGGCUCCUUUGCAAUCGUAUCAACAUGGAUUGUUCGACGAAAUCAGCCAGCUCCUAUCCGACAGCGCCAUCUCCAGCCAUGUCGCUCCGUUUCUGCAAAUGCUUGUGCGCGAAUACACCGUUUACAUUCGUCGGUCGACCGCUUCGAACACCCUUGGCAUCGGCGCGGAAAAGAGAGGGGCGCAAAAGCGCAAAGCUGCCGGUGCAGCAAAGCCCAAUGCGAUCACUCCAUCAUUUGCUUUUUGGCUCGACGCGUGCGCUGUGACGACCACGUUCUUGGCGCAGUCGCCAGCGUCCACUCUAAAUCAGGCAAAUGGCAGUGCACUGUGGCACUGUCUCUGGGAUGUCAUGAACAUGAGUGACAUUUAUCGCGUCGCGGAAGACAAUGCGGCCCAACACCAAUACUACUACCUCGAGCAAACCGUUGCGUCGGUGAUGGACCACCUCAAUGCUGGCGCGUCUGCAGCGACGGACACUGCCUUGCUGUCUAACAUGGUCCAAUGUUCGCCCAAGAUUUUGCAGCCGCAUUUGUCCAGUGUGUUUGCGUACUUGAGUGCGAUCGCCAGGGAUGUAUCGAGCGCCGCCGCGUGCUUGGCCAGCCUCGUCGCGUCGUAUGAUGGCAUGCGGUUGCUGGAAGAGUUUCUCGCAGUGUUGUUUCGAGGCACGUCGAAAGCGCUGCACCAACUCAGCAACUUGUUUGCGCACAGCAAGCAACUGGACGCAAAAAUGCGCGCAGCGUUUGCCAACAUGCCCGCCGGGCAAAUCGAGUCACUCUGGCUAUUCUUCCACGACGCCAUGUAUCGGUCCAUGAACGCCAAGGACGCGGUGAACGAUGGCCAGAUCCGCCUCGUGCGCACCGUGUUUGCGUUGUACAUGCAAGAAGUUCCGGUAUCACUGCACGUUCAACCGGUGCUACUCCAAUGCGCAAAGCAAACGUUCGAUUUGGUCUUGCUGCCGCAUGCACUCGCAUCCUCAUCCUUGUCGUCCACGCCGUCGAAGCGCGAUCAGUGUGCAGUGCUGCAACGAGAGGCUCUGUGCUUGUUGGGGGAGCUCUUGGCGUUGACAGACAAAGGCGUCGACGUGUCGUUUGUCGUGGCCGCAGUAUUCGACCCGAACGAGGCCACCGUCAGCGUGUUUGAAGUCGCGAUUCCAUCCAUGUUUGCCAUGGACGAAAAGUCGUCGCCGAGCGUUCGAGACUACGAGGGAGGGAUCCUGAAAUUGUGCGCGACGCGAGUGCGGCAACUCAUGUCGACGUUUCGACCAACGGACGCAGAACCGGUCGCGUCCUUUGCCCUACAUCAAGCAGCCGCUCGCCUGGACCUCGUCAUUGCAAUCACACCGUUUCUGAACGAGCUCGGCCACGCGGCGAGUGCAUCUGCAUGUGAAAGCUUUGUGAAUGCGAUUACCCUCGCAGCCAUCGACCAUGUCCUCGUGCCGAACCUGUUUUUGGACGCUGGUUUCUAUGAAAUUCGACCCUUCCUCCGCGUCCUCCCAACCGUGUUCACCGCGAUAUUAACGCGUCGGACGUGGGCGGCGUUUAUCAACUCGACAAAAACCAAAACAAAGAUGACCGCCACUUCUCUCGCCGUUCCCACAUGGACUGCGCUCAAGGCACAAUUGAAGGAAUCCAAAUCGGCGAAGGUCAUCGACCCGGUCGCCUUGCCCCCGCUCAAGGCCACCGUCGAUUUUAUGAAGGCGGUCCCGAUUCCAACCGAAAAAUCGACAAACGACCUGUUUGGGUGCAUUCUCGAGAUGGAAUCGCUGCUCACGUUGGCAGCAGAUGCAUCUCACAAAACCACUCAGUCUUCCCUUCGAGCCAUCACGCAUGUGCUGCAUGAAUGGCUUCAGUCGUUGCUGGCGAUCGUGGCCUCGCCGUUGCACUCGACUGCUCUGGCGCUCUUGGAACUCUGGACAACCGAGUUGCUGUCGCGUCCGUUCACGUUCCAAGCCAACUUUCACCUGUGGAACGAACUUUUUCGAGUGUUCGUGCAGUACCAUCCCAACCAAAUGGCCGUUGUCAACGACGCCGUCGUGGAGUUGGCUACGAAUGAUUUCAACGGCGCGCAUAAUACAACCACGACCCACAUGGACGUAGUCGCCUUGUGCCUCGAGUCCUGGGCAACAUCGACCCAUGUACUGGGCGAUCGUUUUUUUCAGACCUUGCUGCCUGUGUUGGCCACGCGAUUCGACCAACGCACCUCCGACGAUGCCCAUGUACUCGCCGCAGCCCUGCAGUACUGCCAUCGCUCCAAGGGCGGCCGCGUGCAUCCAACGUUGCUGCCGGUCAUCGGCCCAUAUCUUGCAAUGGCAUGUCGAAGAAUUGUAAAGGACCAAGAAAUUCCGGACGGCACGUCGCCGUCGAUGCGGCUCGUUCACGUCGUGUGCAGCCAAAUUCGUAGCUUGAACUUGGAUUUGGCAAGUGUCGGCCGCCUCGUGGCAACGUUGCUCAUCCGGUUUGAAAAGGACGACGCUCCAUCAGCAGUGGUGGCGCCUUUCGUACAACUCGUGGAAAGCGCCACACCGGACGAAUUUCACCUUGUUUGGUACACUCUCAGGACUGAACUCACGGUUUUGACCGAUCCCGCCCGCGUUCUUGCUGCAUUGCGGGCCAUGCUGGUCGUGUUGCGCAUGGAACGAAGCGCCAAGACCCACCGCGUGCUGGCGGACUCUGCAAAAACCACGUUGGCCAUGCUCGUCCACAUUUGCAACGAUGCGUCGUCCGCCACGAGUGUGACAGAUGUCCACGUCGCCGCCGUUCGAGUGGUCGCCCAGGCGUUCACGAAAGGAGGGGAUGCCUUCGACUGGCACGUGGCUGACAUCCACGUGGCUUUGCUGGCAUUGCAGCCGUUGAUUUCCGCGACGUCGUCGCAACAAUCGCCCGCAUCGUUAGGAGAAGGUCUCGUGCCACAGCUGUGGCAGGAGUCGUAUUUGCUCCUGCUGCGGCUCUUGCGUCAAUACCCCACAACGCUUCCGCAGUACUUGCCGCACUUUGUCGCGGGAUGCAAUACCCUGUUGCGAGCCCUGCUCCAACUUGCCGCUGCUAGCAAGACCCCUCAGCACCCGCACCACACGCUCCUGCACUUGUGGGCAUCCAACCUGACUCGACUAUACGGGUACAUGCUGCCGCAUGCUACGUCGUUCCGCAAGCACAUGGUGUACAUGCUGUUUGAGUUUUUCCAGAGCCACAAGCACGACGACCUCCCACUCGACGUCCAGCUUACGUUGCGCCCGGGCAUUUACGCCCUCUUUGACAUUUGCUCGAAGUACGAAAAGGAGCAGCUCUACGGGACCCUCGACAGUACGGGCAAGGUGCUGCUCAAGUCGAUCGAUGCCCAGUACAAGGAAACCCAUCAGUACACUGGUAAAGUGUAACUCGACAGUGAUGACAUUCCCUCGCUUCUUCAACACUUGGAACGCAUGCAUGCAACGCACUCGACGACAAGUCUCCAUGCGUACCACCGUGACGAGCUUCUUGACUUGCACGAAGGAGUCGGCUGGAAUACACACCCUAACCACGUACACGGCUCGAGAUGUCCGUGCCUUGCUUCGUCGUGUGCUGUUCAAAGGGGUCGGAGAUCCGACUACGGCGAUUUCGAAGCCAUUCAACCGGGCUGAUGGGAGGGCUCAGCAUCGAGCUCUGAACAUUGUCGAGAAUUCCGUUCACUGGUAGCACUUUCUAUUUCACCGUUGUGCUGUCAUAUGAAUGCCCCGACUUUCACACGAAAAACGAGCCCAAGUCGUUCCGUCUUCGUACGAGAUACGAGCGAGAGGGGCCAAGGCGAUUUGCGAGGCGGGUGCUUCGCCUGCCUUGGCCGGGCGGGUCGUCGGCUCGUUGUGUUGUUG